AUGGGGCGCAGACCUGCCCGUUGGUAAGUACGUGUUAAAUAAUAUUAUAAUGAUUGCACGCGUAUAAUUUUUCUCGAUCACCUGGCCUCUUGCUUAAAACCUUUGUAUAUCAUUAUCAUAGUUAUCUAUGAGGGUAAUCAGUGUGUACAUGUAAUUCAUGGCUAAGGAUAAGAGGGAGUAACAUUUUUAGGAAACACACUUCUAACCAGUGAAACAAUCAUUUUGAUUGUACAGUAAACUCUGAAUUUUUCAAACCUGCAGAAAAGGAAGUAGCAUUUGGUUAUCCCUCUCAGGUGAACUUUAUGAUGUAGCUAUGAACUUUACCCUAGAUCCAUUCUUGAAAUACCUUGGAUUAAAUAACUGUGCACAUGGUUUGAUACAGAACUGUUCAAAAGACAGUUUACAGUCCCUCGUGAGUCGUGAUUCACUAUUCUUGAUUCCUGCAAGAAUCGAGAACAAGUUAGAAGAAUCAUGUCGAUAAUCUACAUGUAGUCUCCUGAGACAAAACACAAAAGAUUCAUCCAUAACUCAUUUUGUGGUACAUGUAAUUUUGCACUGACAUAACACAACACGGUAUGAUUUGUUGGUGCAAGCGACUGUAUGGUUACUGUAUGAAGAUUGAAACAAUGCCAAGUUAAGGUAAGUUCAUUUGUGUCAAGAGGGGGAUGUAAGGGUUUGCAGUGAUGCGGGUUUGCUUGAUUUUCAGUGCAGUUUUGCGGAAAUUUUUUCUUAAGUUGUGGUAUUGCAUUUUACAAAACCAAGGGGACUGCGGUUUUUAGAAAUUUUCGGGUAAUUUCUAUACGGUUUGUGGCUUCCUUAUGUUAUUCUGUGCGGUGUUUAUACAUGUAUGUAUUUCUGUGCAGUUUCACAAACAGGAAAUCAAAAAAAUUUGACAAGAAUCAUUUGAAUGACAGGCCAAAGCGCUUUGGGUUUUUUGAGACUUUGAUGUUUCCACUGUCAUCUUGUCUCGCUAACAGGAGUUUGCACUGGAGGGUGCAAUUCUGUUCCUUGAAAGUUUUCUUUUUUAUUUUUGAUCAUGUUUGAUUGCCGAUCUUAAUCAAACUAAAUUCUCAUUUGAUAAAGAUCGAUUGAAUCAUAAUAAAACCUUACAUCAGGCUGAAUUCAAAUUUAUAUUUUUUUAUCGCAGUCGCCCAGCUACAUUUUAAGUCGCCACUGGCGAACCUGGCGACUGCCAAGUUUCAGCCCUGUUUUAAUAGCAAUUUUGACAAUUCUACUCAGCUAAAAAGGUGUUUGUCUUGAAACUUGCCUCAGUCCCCUAAUGUAAAAUGAUCAUUUGAAGCCGAAUUUGUCCCUUUGUUGUUGUUUUGCGAUGAAACAAAGAUGGUGACCCCCUUUUUUAUUUGUGUUUUUACAUGUUAUGGCUACACAAAAAAUAUAUAUAGUAAGGAGGAAAAAAUCUGGAAAGUGGAAGUGUAUUUUUUUUAGAUGUGAAUGACCCAAAAUUCCUUUUUAAGAGCCACAGAGAAGGGCAAGAUAAUGUGAAAAUUGUCAAUAUCUCUACAUUUCUUUCAAGAUAGGGUAAUUCGAGGUUACUUAACUGAAAAAAAUAAAGCCCAGGCAAACAAACGGGCUUAAGGUUUUAGUAAGAUUCAUAGUUUUCGCCAUAAAAUAAGAAUUUUGACGAUUGUUGAAGUUUCGAACAUUUUGCUCACAGCUAGGAAAAACACUCAGAGUAUCGGGCACACAGGGCAAAAACAAUCAUGGUGACCCCAUCUUUUGCAGUGUUUGAAUUUACUACAUAUGGCUGGCAUUUGUUGCAAGUUUGAAAAAUGUCUGGAUACUACAUGAACAUCAUUUUCAAGGGAAUUACCUUUGUGGUUUUGUGGGGGUUUGAUUAACCUAGAAUUUGUAGAAUUCGGAUUGUACUGUAUUAUUUGCUGUGGCGUUUCUUUGUUUUCUUAUUUUUGAUGCUUUUAAAUUUUGUAUCUUAAGGUAACCAAUAAUUUAAUUGGAUUGGACAGCUGAUAUGGGAAAAUGUCUGAUUCACAUUCACAUUAUAGUACAUAAAAUUACAUAUCAGAUAUGCAGCAUCAUUUGCAUCAUUUCCUUAGGUGACUUUAGCCUGUACAACACAUUCAUGAAACUAAUUUUCUCUUUCCUAGUUACCGCUACUGCAAGAACAAACCUUACCCCAAGUCACGUUUCUGUCGUGGUGUUCCAGGUGAGAAAUAUGUACCAGUAGGCACUAGAUCAAGUGUGGUUGAGAAAAGUAUGUGGAUAUUUUUAAAGUAUGUGGAUAUUUUAAACCACGCGAAAAUAGACAACUUAUGAAGAUCUGUUGGGAAACCUUUUUUAGGGGCUUUUAAGAGAAGGCAUUUAUUUGUUUGGGUCCUUACACUCACUCUGUGUUGUAAACAAUGAUUUACCUGUACAGUCAAGCCAGUCCUAAUAAUGCAAGGCUGCAAAUAACAGUGGGUCAUCAGACAUUAAUUUGUCCAACAUUGUGUUCAGUCAGGGUUCAAAAUUAGCAGUUGUCCAGUUGUCCCAGACAACCAAAAUCAUCAGCGGGGCAACCAAUUUGUGCAGAGUGGUUGCCCCUUGGACAACCCAAUCUGCUAAGGCAUUAGCCCCUUGAGGAAUACAUAUUGCAGAUUUUUGCUUUAGGAGGAUAAUAAUUCCCAGGGUUUACUCUAGAGCGCAGCCUUAAGGGAUUUCUGCAAUUUGGAAAAAAAUGCUGUUGCCGUGUCAAAUGAGGCUCAAAAAAAAAUUGACCCAAGGAUUAGUGUCAUUUUUUUGGAAAUAAAAUAUUUGAAAACACCACUGACAACAAUACUGAUUUGACAGCUGCUUUAUAAACUUACUUUUAACUUUUAUAGCCUCUUACUGUCCCAAUUGCCUUUCUCUUCUUCAUUUGAGUCAUUAUUUAACCAGACUAACACCCAAGACUCUGCAGUAAUUUGAGCUUGGGCUUUUUCAGUUGCCCAGAAUAUUCCAAAAUGUUGGCAAAGCAUCAAGUGAGUCCGACCCAUUUUCUCAUGGAACAGUCUGCACCAAUUUUCGUGAACCCCCUUUCUUGGACCCCCUUAUUGGCCAAUUUCCAGAAUAAACCCUGAAUUCCUGAAAUUAGUUUAAAGUGAAACAAAAGUGGAAAAAUUAGCAGCCUUCUCCUGUUUGAAAGACGCAACAACGGUUGGUCUGAAUGGGCUUGUUGUGCUUUGACCAGUGGUGAUGUAUAGUCCAUGGUGCGUUGCCGCAAAAUAUGCUCUGUGUCACGGCUGCUUUCUAACUGUCACAUAUUUCAAUGAGCCAAAAAAAAAAAAACAGAGCAGGUGCCACUGGAGCGAAUAAGGGGUAAAAUCAACAACCAUGGACAAGUGGAAUUAAAAAAAAGAUUUUUGCCCUGAGUAUCCAUUACAUAAUACGUAUAUUAUAUCUGCAAAUGUUGCUGCAAGGGCUGGUAAAUAUAUAUGCCUGUUUGGAGACUCUGGUUUCUGUGUGUUCACAUCUCUAGAACACACUCAAGACUCAAAUUUUAUGCAUGGCCUCAAGCAAAACUUACAUGUACAAUUAUUUUAUUUUAUUGCCCAUAGGACCAAUAACAAUAAAAUCAAGAUUUUUUGCAAUUUCAUUGCAUUCAUGAAUCCAUCCUGUUUACAAAUUUGUAUAUAAGAAGCCUUAUCUUGUAGAUUUCUAAAUAAAAAAGAUUAUAGAAGAUUCCAUGCAUGAAGAUAGCUUGUGCCAACUGCAAGAUGGAGUUGAUCACAUGCAGCAUGCAAUGCAGUGCUUUUUAGUUAGAUUAAAUGUGACCUUCUCUGGGAAAAUGUACAUUAACACUUUCAUCAAACGGGCAAAAACUAACAGCUGAUGAAUGAAUUGUAAAUAGCUCUCCAAAGGGUUUUAAGAGUUUGAUAAAUUUCUAAUGGCUUUGGAAAGCAUUGGAAUGUAUUGCCGAGAUUUUUCUAACAGUUUGCGUUUGCUUCACAUGUGUACUGAAUGACAUAAACAGCAUUCCUGAGCAAUUUUUUGUAGUAAUUUUGUUGUUUUGUGUUUUUAAAAAAGUUACAGAAAUCACUUUUUAAUGAAAACAAACGACAACUUUUGCAUGAUGUUAUCUAAAAGCAAAAUGAAGAUUGGAAAUUUUUGUGAAUUUUGACUUGGCCAGUGUUAGAAGUGAAAGGGUCAAUGCUUUAGAUGGUACUAAUUUUUUGUGAAUUUUUUUUUGUGGCAGAUGCUAAAAUAAGGAUUUAUGACUUGGGACGAAAGAAGGCACGAGUAGAUGAGCUACCACUUUGUAUUCACAUGGUUUCAGAUGAGUAUGAGCAGCUGUCAAGUGAAGCACUUGAGGCAGCACGCAUCUGCUGUAAUAAAUAUAUGGUGAAGAACUGUGGUAAAGACUCCUUCCAUCUACGCAUGAGGCUUCAUCCUUUCCAUGUUAUUAGGAUCAACAAAAUGUUGUCUUGUGCUGGAGCUGAUAGGUUCGUCUGGAUGCUUUUUAUACACAUAUUUAUCCUUAUAUUUAUAUACACAUAUAUAUCUGUUAUAAAGAUCAGCUGGGUUAUAUGAUUAUAGAGUGAUAGAGCAACAAACUGAUGGUUAAAACUGAUGGUCAAAAAUGGGUAUCUUUUAAAGAAUGCAUACUGUGUAUUAUAAAAAGCUAUUAAAUAUUUUUCUCUGAGCUUACCUAGUCACAACUGUACAGACAGCAACGAUCACAGCUUACAUGGAAAAUGACCCUUGCUUUUACGUGCCAAGUGGCCCCUUUUUUGGAGCAGACAUGUCUUACUAAGCACACCUAAACUUCAAAACACAAGCUGACCGAAACAUUUUCUGCUGCAGUAAUGAGACAUAAACAACAGACUUCAGGUUGCCUCCUAACGGCAAAUUAUACUAUAGUGAAAGGUUUUUCAAAUUCAUGCCACUGGUAAGUGUUUCAUUUCAUCAGUCCUGUCCAAGUUUUGAUGGUAUGCCUUCCAUCGACAACACAAGCCACCAAGUUCUCUGAGCAAAGAAUGUUUCUUCUGAUCUUCAUUGCAACGAUUCAACAAAUCUUUUGUCUCUCGCCACUUCUGCUAAUGCGUCUCUGAUGUCAAUUCUUUCCAUUGUGAAUACCGUUUGAACACUCCAAUUUUUCUUUGAGGUUACAGUCACAUAGUCCCAUUUUCAGAUUGAGUGACGUCCGAGACCUGAACUUCGAUUACACCCUUUAGUGGUUUCAGUAGCUGGCAGUGUUAUGGUUGUUGUCCACGUACUAUUGAUUGAUGGUUUUCUUGCCCAGUGCAGUGACUUUUUUCCCUCGGGAGCCUCUCAACCAAUUGGAAAUAUCCACACUCAAAGAAUGUGAGUUGCAACAAUUUUAAUUUUUUCGUGGGCCUUCCAGGCAGGCUCUCUCUCUCCCCUCGAGUGUCCCCCUCUUGUGUGUCCGUUGUUUCUUGCACCCACUACUUCCAAGUGCCUGCUAUGCAUGAUAACCACUUUACAAUGACCACUUACUAAUGUCAAAGAUAAAGACAAACCAGAGGACAGUCGGGGAGCAGUAUACAAGAUCAAAUGCUAGGACUGCCAGGCUACUUAAUACAUUGGUGAAACCGGCAGAAACCUCAGCACGCAACUGAUCAAACACAAAAGAGCGAUGAGAAAUGGUGACGUCAACAAUCAUAUUGUUGAGCACCAUUCACAGAUGAAACAUCCAAACAACUGGGACUUUGCAACAUGUACUACAUAUUCUACAGACUACUAUCAAUGACUCACUUUAGAAAGCUGGUGUACAUGUACUAACUUAGAACAAACGCCACUGAAUUGUAGUCAAGUUACUGGCAUCGUACAAACGACUUUUUGACAGAAUCAAACAAGAGAAAACAAGUGGACAACUGACAAUAUAUUUUUUAUUUGACUAGCAAUAAGCAACUGUUUAACUGUGACAAUAGACAGAUCGAAAGGCACCAAUGACAUUACGAGUCCUCAUAGCCAAUAGCAUCAUGGCUUAACUGAAAGACGAUCAAUAACAUUGUGACUUAAUUGACUAAUCAGGUCAAUAGGCAGAGUUCAAUAACAUCAACUGACGUGAUACAACUCACUUUGACUCUGAAGAUGACUACUGCACAGGUUGUCAAAACGUCAGUCACUGUCAACUACAACAGUCGUAUUCAGGACCACGAUCACCCGGAUGAUCAUACUCAACCUACUCAUGAAUUGACCUGAAAGUUUCCAUAAAAUCUUGUUAAAAAUAAGAUUAUUCUCAGUGAAUUUUUUUUCAGCAACUUCAAAAGCUAUGCCUCUUUUGGAAUAAAAAAUUACUCCAUGGUAACCCAUAAUAUUUCUCAAAAAAUUUAACAAACAUCUUGUAUAAUUAAAAUUAUGCAGGCCUUUAAAUUAGAAAAGUGAUUUUUACAACAUGUUUGGUUUGAAGAGCACUUAAAUGAGUGAGAAUGGUUUUUUGACUGAGCAAAACAGUUGGCUUACCUGUAUGUGCUGCUGAUACCAGUAUUUGUAAGAGGGAUAGUACAUGUAUUUCCAAAAAAUAUGACCUUGCGGUGCCAUCAAAUCAUACGUAUCAGGUAAUGUCAUUUGCAUACCAUAAUGCUGCACUGCGAGAACUACUGUACACCGUAACCUGCAAGAAUUCAGUGCCACAUGUUCUUGUAAUUAAUCAGGGAUCGCAUUUCUUGUGGCUCUGAGAAAAUCAAAUCCAUUGCAUGGUAUAAUAUGGGAUCAGUUGAAGUUUCUGGGUAACUGACUACCUAGCCCUCCCCUAAGUCACAAUUUUGCUCUACAUUGUGAGUAAGAAGUAAGCAAUUAUGUUGACUUAGGGGAGGGGUAGGUGGUCAGUUACCCGGAAACCUCAACUGACCUAGUGAUUUAUUUUGGACUGAUAAUUGACUAUUGUGUCUUUACAGGCUUCAGACUGGUAUGCGUGGUGCUUUUGGUAAACCUCAGGGUACUGUGGCACGUGUCAACAUUGGCCAAGUCAUCAUGUCUGUUAGAACUAAGGAUGGUAACAAGGCUGCUGCUAUUGAAGCCUUGAGAAGAGCCAAGUUUAAGUUCCCUGGAAGGCAAAAGGUAGGUUUACUGUACGAUUGCCUUUCUUUUUGUGGCUUAGCAUGGGGAUUUAGUUCACAUCUCAGCCAACCACUGGGGUACCAUAUUCAUUGUGUGUGAACAACUUGUUGCAAUUCUGUGCCAUUGCUGUUCAUUCUAAACCAGUUACUGUAGCUUUUCAUGUCAGCAUGAUAAUAUAUACCAUCCGGUAUAGUGUGAACGUGAGGGCCAUGUAAGCAGCUCAUUUCUGAAAUUGUAAAGUGCCCUUUUUUAAAAAAAGGGGUCCCAAGAUAUGUGGACAUUUUUUGUCACUUUGCUUGCAAUUGGUAAAUGUUUUCAUCUCAUUCCUAGGUAUCCUGAGAAAACAGCGGACAUUUGGCGACUCAAGUACUGGUUUCCCAACCAAAUGAUCUCUGAGAAGUGCUUCUGAUUGGUUAAAUCAAUUUCCCACAAGGCAUGACCAAUCAGAAGCACUACCCAGAUCUGGGUAUUUAUGCAUCUUCAGUAAGGAAUUUCUGCACUCGUUUCUCAGAGUUCACUUGGCGGAGAAACCAGUAGUAGCAUGGCCAAAUGUUGGCAGUUUUCUCAGGCUAAUUCCUAGGCCUGGCCCCCCACACAGGUCUAUGUACAGUGAUCUUUAUUUCAGUUUCAUAAACGAUUUUUGUACCCCAUUUACCACACUUAGAUCUUUUUCUUGCUGUAUUAUUCUUUUUGAAUGGAGGUAAUACCUUAAUGCCAGACUUUUAAUUUAACCCUGCCUGGAUGGGUAUACAGUCGUUUCGAUACAAGUCCUUGCGUACUGAGCAGUAAAUUUUUCACUAAGGCUUCUCAGUAUUUCGUGAGAGUGAAGAAUCUUUGUACUAAAAAGUGAUGUGAACUUAAACACAUCUUUAUGAAAGCUGAGCGAGAAGAGUUUUAAGACUACCUUGUAAGCAUGCAGGAAUGCAGAGAUCAGGCGCGUUCCGUAGCUGCAGUUAAGAAGGGGUGUUCGUUUUGAAACUGAAAGCCAAAUGCGGCCUGAGCAGUCAACACUGUUAGGAAGAAAAGAGAAAAUUUGGGGGCAAAAACACAAGUAUUUCAGAACACGUUUCAUGUUAAGGCUCGAACUGAAGAAAGCGUUAUUCUCCUGGUGCGAAUAAAGAAAAACUGAUGACAGAUAGAGAUACAGAUAAGUUGCCUUUUAUAACUACCUGUCCUAUUCUCAUGUUUGUUUUCUAUGUUACCUCCACCCGCCUUUUUGCAAACUGAUGAAAGACUGAAAGAUUUGUUGCCGCCUCCAGUAAAAUACGGAAUUCUGCUGUCCCACUAUUGUUUUCAAUGAAUUAAAAUUUGUUUGACUUGAUGGUUUGAACAAAUAGAAAAAAGGUACCACACAACAACGAUAAGGCAGGAUUCGCAAUAACAGCAGUGUUAAAUUGGUCUUUAAAAUCUGUGAGGUUUUCGGUAACGACUACCGUAUCAACUUGGCAUUCACCGCUUGCCUGGAAAGUAGAUAAUAAAAUGCAUUUCAAUCCCCUCCUCCUACGCGCAGAUGAAACUGAAAUUUAAAACAGUUAUUACUUAAUGGAUACAUUUACUGUCAAAUAAUCAAUUUCAUUUAUGGAACCUUGGGGCUUGCGCUUGACCAGACGUGCUUGGAGUUUAUCAUGGCUAAUCUUUCUUUAAUGUACUGUGUUAAACCUUGUAAGUAUAGUGAACUUAUUAGCCAACUUGGUAGUAAACUUAAUCAAUAAAGUUUGCGGAUAAACGCCUCACUUCAAUAAAGUUUUCAUAGAAAAUGAAAAAUGGAAAAAACCCAAAUAGGGAUUUAUUAGAUUUACUAUUAAACCACUAUUUGCAACAUUCGUGUAAAGCCGUAUGCUGCAAAUGAGUACACUUUAUAGUAGUUUAUAAGUAAUGCUAAUUAUUCCCUAGUUGACCUUCUCUUCUUUUUCAAUUUUCCUUGUAGCGUUUUUCUAAGGCAACGGUAUUGCAUUUAGGUGUAUCUUUAUUUUCUUUUGAUCUUAAUGAACAUUAUAUUUUGCAUUGAGAUUCACACCAAGCGACCUUUGUUUUUUUAGAUUUAUGUGUCCAAGAAGUGGGGCUUCACCAAGUUUGACCGUGAAACUUAUGAGGAGUGGCGUGCUUCAGGAAAACUAAUACCUGAUGGAGUACAUGCCAAAUAUAUUUCAGAUCACGGCCCCCUUGCUGCCUGGAAGAAACAGCAUGCUGCUUAA